UACAAACCUACAUCUGCACGAUUUACUGUUUAUGCACUGAAGGCUAGCUGCUGCUUGCUGCUGCUGUUGGUAGGUUGGUAGGUUGGUCAAAUCAUUUUGGAACUACUCCCGAGUAUGGCGACUUGAGAAACACAUUGAACCUCGUUGUAAUUGUACCACCGGUGCACUUGGUUGUGUUUUGUAACUUUGUUUAUUUAAGCGCCUCAGUUCCAAGAGUCGUUGCCAUCUCAACAGAACCUUCCUCAGCAAGCUAGCAGCUAACGCUAGCCUUCAUAUAUAACUUUCCAUACGCGAUACUUCGAAACGCUUUAUAUUUGAGUGAUUUACAAGAGCACACACCAGCUGUAGCAUCUCAGGCAAGCAAAGACAGUUUGUUAUUUGAGGGGGAAACAUGUCUGGAGUUAGCAGAGAGAGAAGCGCGGCUACUAGUGCGCUUCACAACCAAGAGAAUGUGCUGUCACGACUGAGAGGCUCCAUCAAACCCCGAGCUGCUGCAAACGAAAACCAAGAAAACCUUGCACCGAAACAAGGAGCCGCCGGCAGCAGAACCGUGCUGGGAGCCCUGCAGAACAACCUGCGGAUCAAAGCCCAGAACCAGUGCGAGAAACAGGAAUCAUCACAGUCCUUGUCCUGCAAAAAUGAAGAUUUGGUCAGAAACUGCUCAGAGAAGCCGGUCGCCAAGCCACCCAUCUUCCAGAUCCAUGUGGAUGAGCCUGAUGGCGCCUGCAUCAAGAAGCCACAGCCUGUGGUCAAAGCAAAGGCCAGCGCUGAAGCGACUUCCCUCGCAAUCAGUGCUGUGGCACGGCUCCGACAGCCCCUGGCCACCCUCGAUAUUCCAUCAUCAAUGGAUGUCAGCUUUGACUCUCCCAUGGACAUGUCUGUGGUUGAGGGGGAGGAGAAACUACUUGAUGUAAAUGAUGUCCCAGAGUAUGCUGCUGAAAUCCACACAUACCUGAGGGAAAUGGAGAUUAAGACCAGGCCUAAAGCAGGCUACAUGAAGAAGCAGCCUGACAUCACCAACAGCAUGAGGGCCAUCCUGGUGGACUGGCUGGUCGAAGUUGGAGAAGAGUACAAGCUCCAGAAUGAGACUCUGUACCUGGCUGUAAACUACAUCGAUCGCUUCCUCUCAUCCAUGUCUGUCCUGAGGGGAAAGCUGCAGCUGGUCGGCACCGCCGCGAUGCUGUUGGCUUCGAAAUUUGAAGAAAUCUACCCCCCAGAGGUGGCAGAGUUUGUUUACAUCACAGACGACACCUACACAAAGAAGCAAGUGUUGAGAAUGGAGCAUCUGGUGCUUAAAGUGCUUUCCUUUGAUCUGGCUGCUCCAACAAUUAUCCAGUUUCUCUCCCAGUACUUCCUCAAUAAAUCAGUCAGCAAACAGGUGCAGAGCCUGGCAAUGUACCUUGGGGAGCUCAGUCUGGUCGACUCUGAUCCCUUCCUGAAGUACAUCCCAUCCCACACAGCAGCUGCAGCCUACACUCUGGCAAACCACACGGUGACUGGUGGCUCAUGGCCCAAGUCCUUGACAGAGAUGAGCGGCUACUCCCUGGAAGAUCUGAUGCCUUGUGUUGAGGAUCUGCACCAAAUUUACCUCAAUGCUGCUCAGCAUGCACAGCAGUCUGUUCGAGAGAAAUACAAGGGCCCCAAGUACUCUGAAGUUUCCCUCAUCGAUGCACCGUCGAAAUUGCUGCUGAACUAACCCCCCCCCAUCCCCAUGUAGUUUUGUAACUCGGUCGGUCUUCAAUAUUUUUUUAAUGAUGUAUACCACAAUUUAAAAUGACAAUGCCUACUCUUCCUGGGGUAGUGCUAGAUGUUUAGAGUUUUUUUUAAAAGGUAUUUUUAUAUAAUCCUGACAUCACACCAGAUUCUACAGUUUUGUUGGUGAAUCAAGCAGUUUUAAUGUUGACUUCUAAUCACAGACAAAAUGUAGAGGCCUUAUCAGCGCUCAUUCUGCUUCAAGCUACAGUGUCUUUAAUAUCCACUGGACCUGUAAUGUUCUGAACUCAAAACCUGUUCUUUACACUUUUAAUGGUUUUGGGUCAAAAGCAGUCAUUGUUGAUGGUUAAACUUUUGACGUCGUGAAAUGCAGAUUAAAGUACAUUUUGUCUGUAAUGGAGUCAGCUGUCAUUAUAUUGGAGUCUUGUCAAUUCUACUGCUUUUGUCAAGGCACCAUCUGCACUGUAAAAUAUGGCUCUUGUAAAUAAAAUGCAUUUAAAGUCA